AUGGCGAAUCUUCGUCCACAUGAGCCCUUAAAAUCAUACAUUGCAGCAUCUAAGAACACGAUUGGGUGUAUGUUAGCCCAAGAUGAUGAGAAUGGGCAUGAGCGGGCCGUUUAUUACCUUAGUCGAGUUUUAACUGAUAUCAAAACAAGGUAUUCCCCGAUAGAGAAAUUGUGUUUGUCUCUAUAUUAUGCUUGUAUGAAAUUAAAGUGUUAUAUGGUGGCUAAAUCGGUAAGAGUUAUAGCGCAAACCGAUCUUAUCAAUUAUAUGUUAAGUUUUUCAAUGUUACGAGGGCGUUUAGGAAAAUGGAUGCUGACAUUGACAGAGUUUGAUUUGCAAUAUGUCCCAGCUAAAGCUGUAAAAGGACAAGUCAUUACAGAUUUUCUUGUUGAUAAUUCGAACAAUCUGAAUGAUCAGGGGGCAAAUGUAAUCGAUGUUGAAGUUGACUAUUGGAAGUUAUAUUUUGAUGGAUCGAAGCACAAAAAUGGUGCAUGGGUUGGAAUUCUUAUUAUUUCACCAGAGGGGAUUCCAUCAGAAUUUCAAUUUGAAUUAAAAUAUCCUUGCUCGAAUAAUGUGGCAGAGUAUGAAGCCUUGAUUUUGGGUCUCGAAAUACUGAUUAGUAAAGGGGCUUUGGAAGUCCAGAUAUUAGGGGAUUCCCAGUUGGUUUUGAAGCAGUUAUCGAAGGAAUUCAAAUGCAAUAAUGAGAGGUUGCAAAAGUAUUUAACAACUGCUUGGGAGUUGUUAACCUCCUUUCGAAAAGUUUCUUUGGUUCACAUUCCAAGGAUUCAUAAUGACAUUGCUAAUGAAUUAGCAAAAAUUGCUUCGGGAUAUAGAAUCGGUCCAGAAACUCUCAGGAAAUUGGCCAGUGUUCAUCAGAUUUUAGUACCUGCAAGUGAAAGAGAAGUUUUGUGCAUAGACAAAUGGAAAGAUAUUGAUUGGAGGAAGCCUAUUGCUCAGUAUUUAAAAGAUCCUAAUAUUUCAGUUGAUAGAAAGAUGAAAUUGCAAGUAAUAAAUUUUGUCUUGAUGACUGAUGAAUUAUAUAAGAAGGGGAUCGAUGGAAGUUUAUUGAGAUGUUUAGGCCAAGAUGAUCAAAAUGUUGCUUUGGGCGAAGUCCAUAAUGGGAUAUGCGGUGCCCAUCAGGCUGGGAAGAAGAUGAAAUGGGUGUUAUAUCGUAAUCAUGUGUAUUGGCCAUCUAUGAUAAAAGAUUGCAUCGAUUAUGCAAAGGCAUGUCAAGAAAACCAUAAACAUGGCUCGAUACAGCAAAUUCCAGCAACUGAGUUGCAUUCGAUAAUAAAACCUUGGCCAUUUAGAGGUUGGGAUUUAGAUUUGAUUGCAUUAAUCCAUCCUCCUUCAUCAAAACAACCCAAGUUUAUCUUGGUAGCAAUUGAUUACUUUGCAAAGUGGGUUGAAGCAAUUCCCUUAAUAGAGGUUGGUCAAAGUGAAAUAAUAGACUUUGUUGAGGAACAUAUUAUUCAUCGAUUUGGAAUUCCUCAAACAUUAAGUACUGAUCAAGGAACUAUGUUUACUGGUCAGCGAAUUAAAAACUUUGCAGCCUCGAGGAAUAUCAAUAUGAUUACCUCAACUCCUUAUUAUGCUCAAGCUGAUGGGCAAGUUGAGGCAACAAAUAAAAUCUUGAUAAGUCUGAUAAAGAAGCAUAUCGGGAAUAAACCUCAAACUUGGCAUGAGACUUUAAGCCAAGUAUUGUGGGCUUAUCGAAAUUCACCAAGAGGGUCAACAAAUACUUCACCCUAUAAAUUAGUUUAUGGCCAUGAUGCAGUGCUACCAUUAGAAAUUAAUUUGAAUACUUUAAGAGUAUCAAAACAGAAUGAUUUUCCAGUUGAUGAUUACUGGAAUGCAAUGUUUGAUGAGUUGAAUGAAUUAGACUCAGAGCAAAUCUUGGCACUUGAUAAUAUGAUUCGAUAA